CGUCCCCCAGCGGCCUCCCGGAGACCCUCCCCGGCCCGCGGGGCGCUGGAGCCGCCGCGGCGGAGGCAUGGCCGCGGGGGCCGCGGGGGCCGCGGUGCGCGAGGCGGCGCCGGGGCUGGAGGCCCCUCCCCAGCACGAGCAGAUCUCUCACACAAAGCUUUCUGCGGAUGAUGAAUGGAACCUGCAGCAGGAAAGGAUGUACAAGAUGCACCGGGGCCAUGAGUCCAUGCACGUGGAGAUGAUCUUGAUCUUCCUCUGCGCACUGGUCAUCGCCCAGAUAGUGCUGGUACAGUGGAGACAGAGGCAUGGCCGGUCCUACAAUCUGGUGACACUGUUGCAGAUGUGGGUUGUCCCUCUGUAUUUCACGAUAAAACUUUACUGGUGGCGGUUUCUGUCUAUGUGGGGAAUGUUCUCAGUUAUUACCAGUUACGUCCUCUUCAGAGCUACCCGAAAACCCCUCUCAGGAGAACACCAAGGUACUCCUAGAUUGGUCUACAAAUGGUUUCUUCUAAUCUACAAACUCAGCUAUGCAUUUGGUGUUGUGGGUUAUUUGGCCAUCAUGUUUACAAUGUGUGGAUUCAAUUUAUUUUUCAAAAUCAAGGCUAGAGAUUCCAUGGAUUUUGGCAUUGUAUCCUUGUUCUAUGGCCUCUACUAUGGCGUAAUGGGGAGAGAUUUUGCAGAGAUCUGUUCGGAUUACAUGGCUUCUACUAUAGGGUUCUACAGCGUCAGUGGGAUGCCCACAAGGAGCUUGUCAGACAAUGUCUGCGCCGUCUGUGGGCAGAUCAUUGUGGAGCUCAAUGAAGAAGGGCUCAGAAACACCUACCAGCUCUCAUGCAAUCAUAUGUUUCAUCUUUCACGAUUCUGCAUCCGAGGUUGGUGUAUAGUUGAAAAGCAGACUUGCCCUUACUGCAAGAAGGUUGAUUUGAAGAGGAUGAUCAGUAACCCCUGGGAGCGCACACACUUUUUAUAUGGACAAAUCCUGGAUUGGCUUCGUUAUUUGGUGGCCUGGCAACCUGUGGUGAUUGGAAUAGUUCAAGGCAUUAAUUAUUCACUAGGGCUGGAAUAGUACAGCAGACUCACUCCAGAAGCAAUGUGUUGCAUGUUGAAAUAUUUUUAAAUCCUUGAUCCUACACUUAAUAUCGAUGUUCUUUUUUUUAAUUUCAGAGGUGAUCCCAAGAGUUUAGAGAACUGAGCCUUACCUAAGCAGUCUAUGUGGAAAGAAUUUAGAGAGAAGCUGAAUGUCAAAAGUUCAGAAAAAAACCAAAGGUGAAACCAAUGAAUCUGUGAAGUAGCAAUUAGUAAAAUUUAUUGUGCACACAUCUAAAAGAUAGUUUGCAAACCAGGAGCACUCAGACCAAAACAAAGAAUGAGGCUCAGAGCUAUAUGUUAUAAAGCAGCUCAUAUAGUGUGGAGGCAGUGACUGUUUAUUCUUCAUGGUGACUGGUUACAAUACGGGAAUUUUCUUAAAUGAAAGGGAAUUGGUUAGUGAUCACCUCAUCUCAAUUUGGGGAGAACAAUUUAAGUUUUGCUUAUGAUUUUCAGAGGUGUAAGCAAGAAGUGAUCUCGGUCAAGUUAGCUUUGCUUGUCCUGCAAAGUAAGCUAAAUUAAGCUUUGCUUGUAUGACUAACCUGGUUUUGUCCACUGAAGGAGUUUUCAAGUCUGGCCUCUGUUUGUGUUUGGUUUUAACAUGAACAACAGAAUAAACAAAUAGAGCACACUUUGCAUCUUU